AUGACCGUGCAGAACAAGGGUGGGAGUGUUUGUGUGACCGGACCCUUCCUCGGUGUUUCUCAGUGCUGUGAUCUGGGGUUCCACGCCAGCCUCGCUCGGACGUUCAGGACAUACCUGUCUGCUGAGUACAACCUGGAAACCUCCCGCCAUGAGGGCCUGGACAUCAUUGAGAACGCCGUGGACAACCUGGACGCACGGAGUGACAAGCACACAGUUAUGGACAUGUGCAACCAGGUCUUCUGCCCUCCACUGAAGUUCGAGUUCCAGCCUCACAUGGGGGAUGAGGUGUGUCAGGUCAGCGCCCAGCAGCCUGUGCAGACUGAGUUGCUGAUGCGGUACCACCAGCUGCAGUCGCGACUGGCCACCCUCAAGAUAGAGAAUGAAGAGGUACGAAAAACUCUGGAUGCCACUAUGCAGACUUUGCAGGACAUGCUGACAGUGGAAGAUUUUGAUGUUUCAGAUGCCUUCCAGCACAGUCGCUCCACUGAGUCGGUCAAAUCAGCUGCAUCGGAGACCUACAUGAGUAAAAUAAACAUUGCCAAGAGGAGAGCCAACCAGCAGGAAACCGAAAUGUUCUAUUUUACAAAAUUUAAAGAGUAUUUGAAUGGCAGUAACCUUAUCACGAAGCUCCAGGCUAAACACGACCUGCUGAAGCAGACUCUGGGAGAAGGUGAAAGAGCCGAAUGCGGAACAACCAGGCCCCCAUGUCUUCCCCCUAAGCCACAGAAAAUGAGGAGACCUAGGCCUCUCUCAGUCUAUAAUCAUAAACUCUUUAACGGCAAUAUGGAAACGUUCAUUAAGGAUUCAGGACAGGCUAUUCCACUCGUGGUAGAAAGCUGCAUUCGUUACAUCAAUUUGUAUGGCCUUCAGCAGCAGGGCAUUUUCAGAGUUCCUGGCUCCCAGGUGGAAGUCAACGACAUCAAGAACUCAUUUGAGAGAGGUGAAGACCCCCUUGCUGAUGAUCAAAACGAACGUGACAUCAAUUCAGUGGCUGGAGUCUUGAAGCUGUAUUUCCGAGGACUGGAAAACCCCCUCUUUCCUAAGGAAAGGUUUCAAGAUUUGAUAUCUACUAUAAAAAUUGAGAACCCCACUGAGAGAGUGCACCAGAUCCAGCAAAUCAUCGUCACUCUGCCCCGGGCUGUCAUCGUUGUCAUGAGAUAUCUUUUUGCUUUCCUUAAUCACUUGUCGCAGUACAGCGAUGAGAACAUGAUGGAUCCCUACAACCUGGCCAUCUGCUUUGGGCCCACUCUGAUGCACAUUCCAGACGGGCAGGAUCCGGUGUCCUGCCAAGCCCAUGUCAAUGAGGUCAUCAAAACCAUCAUCAUUAACCAUGAGGGCAUCUUCCCCAGCCACAGAGAGCUGGAAGGACCUGUCUACGAGAAGUGCAUGACUGGAGGAGAGGAGUACUGUGACAGCCCACACAGCGAGCCGGGCACCAUCGAUGAGGUUGACCAUGACAACGGCACGGAGCCACACACCAGUGAUGAAGAAGUGGAGCAGAUUGAAGCCAUAGCAAAGUUUGACUACAUUGGACGAUCUCCAAGAGAGCUCUCCUUUAAGAAAGGGGCCUCGCUCCUCCUGUACCAUCGGGCAUCAGAAGACUGGUGGGAAGGGAGACAUAAUGGUGUGGACGGCCUCAUACCCCACCAGUACAUUGUGGUGCAAGACAUGGAUGACGCUUUCUCCGAUAGCCUGAGUCAGAAGGCAGACAGCGAGGCAAGCAGCGGACCGCUGCUGGACGAUAAAGCCUCCUCCAAGAACGACAUCCAGUCUCCAACAGAUCAUAUUGUGGACUAUGGCUUUGGGGGAGUACUGGGCCGAGUGAGAUUGAGGUCUGACGGUGCAGCUAUCCCUCGCCGUCGAAGCGGGGGGGACACCCACAGCCCGCCCCGAGGGAUGGGUCCUGGCAUAGACACUCCUCCUCGAGCAGCGGCCUGUCCUAGCAGCCCCCACAAAAUACCUCUUAACAGGGGCAGGAUUGAGAGUCCUGAAAAGCGCAGAAUGGCGACAUUCGGCAGUGCAGGCAGCAUCAAUUUCCCAGACAGGAAGGCCUUGGCUGAUGGCCACCCGCUGAGACCGACCUGUGGAUCGACUAGACACAGUAGUCUUGGAGAUCAGAAAUCUCUAGAAGCAGAAGCGCUUGCUGAG